UAAGUCUCUAGGCGCUUUCGGUUAAGAUGGUUGCCUGUUGCCGCUUUGUUUCCCCUUGUGCCUCGUCAUAAGUCGCAUCGCAGGCUGUCGCAGGUCGGUUCCAGGUUUACUUUGCAUUCUAAAUGAGGCUUCAGCAAAUAAAGACAAACAAUCCCUGUUCACUGUCAUACCCGGCAUCACGAACAUCAUUUCUUGUUCUCUCUUUCAUUCAUCACCCGGACUGCUUUUCUGCCGCUGACCCUCUCUAUGCCAUUGCUCGCAGGAAUAUUUGCUAAACGAGAAAAACAAUCUGGUCCUCGCAGUGCACAAUCCAAUUUAAACGUCCCAACGACACCGACUUCUAGGGUGUCACUCUCUAGCGGCACCGUAACCUCUUCAGAACCAGAUUAUGUCUUUCCAGACAAGUCUCUAAAGUUUCUUCCGGCCGCAGCCUAUGCCGGUUCAGCAGCAGCAUCGUCGAGCAAGUUAAAAUUGCCAUUCCGUCGGAGACAUGUACAUCAGCCACAUGUCGCAAGCACCUCCACAAACAUCUUUUCUCUCAACGAUAGCCCACCACGUGCACACAUAUCUAGUGUGGUCUCUGAUUCAGGGCACGACAUCUCCCCACCCAAACCGUCCUUUGGCAUAUACCAUGAUCCCAGCAUUAAUUCCACACAUUCGCUUCCUCAUGAACCCACGCGUCGUCAAUAUCCCCUUGAUACCCCUUCCGUCAUCGCACGGAAUCAGAUACACAGCGCACCCCCGUCUUCUUCUUCGACGACGCCACCGCAUGUAAAAAAAUCUGGCGGGUUGUUCUCGUGGGCUAGAGAGCGUACUAAAUCAAAACCUGCCCCGCCACCAGCAACUAUUGCAGCACCUUCCACCUCAAGUCCCUCACCGAGGGAGAAUUUUAAUUUGAAAGCUUUCCGCCACAUUCGUUCUGAGUCGCCCACUUCUCUAAUUGAUGUUCCAGAUGUCGAGCUUCCGCUUCCUCCUCCUCGGCCACGGCCGCGCGGAGACAGUGUUGCUUCAGAUUCCUCUCAAAAGAUAUCUGUUGCAGCAUUUCGUGAAGCACAAGCUCGUCGUAGCCGUGCAAAUUCCCCUGUACCUUCAUUCCGACUCCCUUCUUCCCUCGAUACCCUUCGUGUUGAAAAUAUGCCCAGACAGCGGGCUUCUACGGUUUCAACGCCUACCGGAAGCGAGCAUCAUCUUCCAUUAAAUCGCAAUUCGACUGCGCUCCCAUUACCCAUCCCAACUAACCGGACUUCGUCUGUUUUGGACACUAGUAGUUCAGAGUCGGAUGAUUAUGAUGAAGAAGUGGAUAGCGAUGGCGUGCCUAUUAAGCCUAGUCGCAAGGGCACCGUGACUCCUCGCCCUGGUUCGCGCUCGUGGUCCGAUGCGGGGCAUGCACACAUUACAUCAAACGCUCAGGCUCGACGGCCAGAACCUGCAAGAUGGUCAAAAUCGGACAAUGUGCAGUUACGGCAGUCGGACAACAUAGCUGCCGUGCGAGCGAGAGCAUCUGCUUCCACUAGCGCUCUCACACCCAAUGCUGCUGCCCUUCGUGCGUCGACUUUAGCUUCUGCAAACGCUUCUGCUGCAUCAUCAGCUUCAGAUAAAUCUUUGCCAUUGCCUUUGUCAUCAAGGGCGGCGAAGGAUGAUGACUCCGAUACUUCGUCAGAUUCGGAUAAUGAUUCUGAAGACAUGCCUUUGUCCGCGCUUGUUGCACCACGCAGACCGGGAAGUUCUGCAUCCAUGUCUACCAACAGAUCCGCUGCAUCGCGGCCUCGAAUGCCCGCUGAAGCCCCUGAUUGAUAUCAAAUCACUCGUAGGAAGUCCUCCGAUGCUCACGCCUGUAUUGAGGCACGAGCAUUCGGUGAAAAAAGCGUCUACAAAGGGUAAGGAACGUGAGAUGGAUAAGGAUGAGCCCUUUGCUCCUCCCCCUGUUAUCAACUUAACGCCGAGUCGCAUGGCUGAGACUCCUUCUCCGGUAACUCCCCGUUCACCUUCAGGCCCAGCUCCUAAGAUUUCUUCCCCUACUCGCCAUAAGAAGUCAAGCAGUGAUGUUGGGACUAUCCCUCAGGCACCCUCUUCGCCAACCGAGGUUGACGAUGAUUUGAUGGACGCCAUCAGGCUCGUUACUUCCUUUGAUCA